UGCUAAUUCGCCCCGUUUUAACGGCCGUGCCAUGCGGGAUGCCUGCGCCAAAUCUGCAAAGGAACCCUGCAACCGGCCGCGGACCGCAGGGAUUUGCGGCGGUGCAUGUGGUGGACUGGAACAUUGUCUACCAAAUUCGUGCUCACAUUCGACACAAGACCCCUGACCGCUUGGUUGAGGGUGGCCCAUCCGUAACGGCUGAGGAGCUCGCAAAAUGUUGGCUCGCUACGCUGAAGGCGCAGCAUCCUGACGAGAUCUCUGAGCGGGACGAGGAAUUUAUUCGAAUACGGGUCAAGCAGACAAUGCGGGAGGUGGACCCUCAAGGCCUUGGCCGAGUGGGCAUUGACAUUUGGUGCAACCACAUGCUGCUCACUCGCUCGAGCCCCUCUGGUAUGCGCGCCAUGUUACAUGUGAAUCGACUCCUCGAAUCGGCGAUCCACGCGUGCCCAAGCAUUCUGGUUGCACUGCAGCAUAGUUUUGAGGUGGCAGGCCACCGUCAACCGUUGAAGCCUGGAGAGUCAUGGGACGAAGAUCCCGAAGGCAUUCCCUUCGAAGGUUUUGAUCGAGAGAGUCCGUUGCCCUCCCCAAGAUAUUUCCAGGAAGCACCAGAAGUCACGCCGGAAGCAGUGAACGAAUUCGAGGUCAAUCGACAUCAUCGAGAAUCAGACACCUUUCCCAUUGAGGAGAUUCUCACGAUCUUCUCCCAAAAGCUCUGGCAAUUUCGACCCAAGUUCGAUGGCCCCACCAAACGUCGAACGGACUUCACAUAUACCAGUCCUGAGUCAUUCGUCAAAGAAACUCUUCGGUCGAUGGACUUGGAGGGCCACAUGUUGGUGUCCUUCAGCGACUUCUUGGCCUUGUGUUUGGGACGCCAGGAAUGGCCAGUCCAACUACAUCUCUACGACCUGUCCAGAGGUUUAGCCUCGAUGUUGGGUCCCAUGUUGCUCUCCAAAGACUUGGAGGGCGUUUGGCACACCGGCAUUGUGGUCUACGGCAAGGAGUACUACUUCGGCGGUGACAUUUUCUAUGACACUCCGGCGAACACCGGCUUUGGCACCCCGAGGCUGGUGAUUCCAUUGGGCACCACUUUACGCCAGCGUGACGAACUGCAUGCGUUUAUUGUUGACGAGUUGAAACCCAUUUUCAACCGCGAGGCAUAUGAUGCAGCGAGGAACAACUGCAAUCACUUCACAGAUCGAGCCAGUUUGUUCCUAGUAGGACGUCACAUCCCAGAGGACGUGUUGGAGCAGCCUCAGCUCAUUCUGGACACGGCGCUAGGGCGAGCGUUGCGUCCGGCCAUUAAUCGUGUCUUGGGAAGGCGUUUCGAGGCCAAUGAGAGCGCAGCAACCAUCUCGGCAACGAGCAGCCGAGAUGGUCACGUCAAGCAGAUCUCCUCAGGUGAUCUGGCGCACGAUGAGACCUUGUGGGAUCAGACCCUGCGUUUAUAGGUCAAUGAUUGGGCGAGUUGCCAAGUUGCGCAGCUGGCGUUCUGAGUUGAUUGCAGUUGAGCCUGUUGAUUGCAUAGGAGAUGAAAAUAGGGUACCCC